AUUGAUGUAGAGAAUGAAGAAGUAAUGAGUAGAAUUAUGCUUCUACUCACAGGUUUAAUGUGCAUUAGCCCUCCACCUUUGAUCUUAUUUGAAAGUACAGAAAUCAAGGGUCCUGAUUUCGAUGAAGGUGGGACACAUCAAAACCUAUAAAAUGCAGAUUGUUUCUUCCGAAAACUCGCUAUCACUGAAAUAUAGAAAGUUGGGGGAGAAAAAAGAAUGGAUUUUGAGACAGCCCAGAUGCUGAAAAGUACUCAAACCGAAAACGCAAGCCCCGGUGGUGGAGUGGGAGGAGUUGUCGGUGGAGACGAAGUUGUGAGCGAAACAGGGCAACAAUGGGGGUUGAGGCCCCCUCCUCCGUUUCUGGUGAAGACCUUCGAAGUUGUGGAUGAUCCACAAACUAACUCGAUCAUAUCAUGGAAUUCGACUGGCACCACUUUCAUAAUAUGGGAUCAUAACAAAUUUUCGUCCGAGUUUCUUCCAAGGCUUUUCAGGACCAACAAUUUGUCCAGCUUCAUCUAUCAGCUCAACAACUAUGGAUUCAAGAAGGUGUGUUGGGAGAGAUACGAGUACGAGAAUCAGUUGUUUCAAGCAGGGAAGAAGCAUUUGCUCAAAGACAUCAAAAGAAGGAACCAGCAACCUCAACUCGGCAAGAGAAAACGGGCCCAUUUUGCUACAGACGACAAUUUGACGAAUGAUGCAAUGAAGACAAAGCUCGAGGCUGUGAUGAACGAGCAAAAAGACGUGAAAUUUAAAAUCAAGAAGCUCGGAGAGACUCUAGAAAAAAUGAAAGAGCAGCUUGCGAAUAUGGAAAAGAACACGAGAGAUGAAGAUAUCGAAGAAGGGGGUGGGAAAAUUGGCGACUUUUUGAAGCAGUUUAUGCAAUGCAUAAACGACUCGGAGAAGGCACGAUUGGAUGGUUCCUCGAGCACGGGACUUACAGUGGAGCUCGAAGAAAAGGAGGUGAAAGAAAAAAGUCCAGAAGAAGAUGCGGAAAAUUCUGGGUUUUGGAAGAACGUGAUGGAGAAUGUCGAACAAGGGGGAGACGGAGAGGGGGUUUUGGCCCCUCACCAUUCCAAAGCCAUUGUCGAACUUGAAGAGAUGAUGGCAUCAGAUGUUGCAAUGCAGAAAGAAGUUAUGACUGCGAAGCCCUACGAUCUUAACGUCGAGGAAGACGGCCUCCUCGAAUUGUGGACCUAAAAAUUCAACUCUAUCAUCUUCUUCACUCAGCACUUUCUGUUAGUUGACAGUUAUUUACUAGUUUAUAUACCAAUGUUUCUUUUUUUUUUUUUUUUUUUCUAAUAUUUAUCUACUGCCUUAUUUAUCUUA